AUGGCGUAUGCCUCGGUCGCCCAGGCUGAGCAUGAAGCCGUAUAUCGCGAGACCGCAGCUGCUGACGCCGUUCAUCAUCCACAUUCCUCCUACUCACCUACCCGCUCUCCAAUCCUUCCGGAAAUCUCGAGUCCACCGUUGUCCCUGCCACUGUUCGACCAAUUCUCCCGAGAUGGCGAUCUUUCGGUCCUCUCGCAGGCGGGACCAAGUUCCGUAGGCGUGGGGCCUCUUCUUAAGUCGCUGUCUUCCUCGCAGUCGUACCAGAUGGUGGAAGAGGACGACUACGAGGAGCCUAUGCCCAGAUAUCCAGAACCUGUCGUACCGCGAUCGAGGAUGGACGGUCUGCCUUCCGCACAGGACACAUCCGCAUUCCAGAAAGAAGAUCCUCCAAUCAGGACAGCCUCAAUCAGCCGUCACCUGCCCUUGAACCACCCGACCCCAGAUUUGCAGUCGCUGCAAGGGGCGUUGGUCAAAAAUGUGGAACGUCUGGAAGAGAGCGCCGAGCGGCUGAGCAUGACCUCGAGCCUGGAAGAUGGCCUCAACAAAAUGAAGCAAGAUCAAAAACGCUUGGAGCGGCAGUCCUCGGCGCCCGCGACUCUGGACAACGUCCUUCGGCCCGCGGUCCAGAGACAAUACUCGACAGGUUCAUGGUCUAAUUCAAUCAUUGGCGUGAAUCAAACGGCCAGGUUGGGGGGAUACUCUCCCUCAGGAUAUCAGAUAACAUCUCCGACUGGUUCAAUUCGCUCUGGACCCUAUCCACAGCAGCAGCACGUUGAACGUCACUCCUCCAAGGGCAGUCGUCGCAGCCAUGCUCUGCCGCCCUUGGAAGGCCGGCCGCUGGAUUUGAGCCCGGAUCGUCGUGCCUCUAUCUCCAUUUACCCCGAAGACGAAGUUGCGCCGAAUCCCUUGCGUCGAGCGUCCGACGGGUCGGUGCAGGAGGAGAGGCCGACCACAUCGGCUUCCAACGACACCUAUCACCAAGCGCAGGCUGCCUUCAACGACUUCGAUGGGGUGCAUUACGGCGCCCCGGGGUCCCACGAAUCCGCUGCAUCUAUAUCACGACGUAUAUCUCUCAAUCACCCUCCGCUCGCAAGGGACUCGAAAGCAUACAAAGAACCCCAACCAGGAGAGCGAAUGAUCUACUAUCCCGCGCCAGUUCCAGUCAUGUUGAACCUGCCCCAAAGACUUUCCAAAUUCAACAUCAGCGAACGAGACAAACGUCGACUCCAAGCACUCAGUGGCAUUCCGGACGAUGUGCGCCAGUCGGCUGUUUGGCUUAGAGAGGAAGACACCGCCAAAUUGCAAGGUCAAAACAAUGGACUCAAAUUACCACCCCAGUUGCGAGCCAGCGCUUUCUUCGAACAGCCCAGUGUCACUCAAGACUUACAACUCAAGAAUGGCUCAGCUGUCCAGACGUUGGACAGCAUCUUGGACGCUGCUGCACACGCUCCUGUCUCUGCAUUCACUGACCAUCCUAUUGCCGGCCAUCUGGGAAAGGAAGUGUAUGGUCCCGACGCCUCUCCUCGAAAGAGUAUGCAAUUGGCCGAAGGAAAGACGAAGAAACGUCGAAGUUCUAUCAGUACGAUGCUCAAGACGAGACGAUCGAGCACUGCCCUGUCCAAUUCGGGUUUGCUGCGCUCAAAAUCAAGAGGUUCUCAAAAUCUGGAUGCUGAAGACCAAGCCAGUGGCGAUGAACUGGAUCGAGCGGCGGCGGAGUCCAUAGCACCGGAUGCCGACGAGAUACCCGACGAGGAGGAGGACAAGAUUGUCGCCCCGCCAGGGUUUUCGACUGCGCCCACGACUCUCCUUGCCGAGUUACAAAUGCGUAAGGAACAACAGAAAUUACGCAAUCGUACUGCGGCAGACGCCUUCCCGAAUGGCAUGCACUCGACUCUGCUUGAGCUGGACGCUGUUACUCAGCUUCAACAGAGAGCCCGUAAGACCAAACAUGUCACUUUGGCUUGGGAGGACCGCGACGAAGCGAAUAAACAAAAUUUCGACGAUGAAGAUGUGCCCCUCGGUAUACUAUUCCCGGAAAAGGAUAGAGUCGAGCAUGCAAAUGCUAAUAGACCAAUUGGCCUCCUAGAGAAGCGGGAGUUGGAGGACAACGAGCCUCUGAGUCAACGACGAGCGAGACUGCAAGGCGGGCCGCUCCAAAAUGCAAAGUUUGAGGCUAAGGGACAGGCCGAGGAGGAGAGUCGGCCGCCUUUCAUUGAAGAUGUACCGGGCCUUGCUCAAGAGCCCCUAACAGAAGAUGAGGAGGAGACACUGGCCCAGAGAGCGGCAAGAAUGAAGCUGGAGAAGGAAAAGGGGACUGGAGGCCAAUUUACGGAAGAGUUGACCUCUCAACUAGGCCUCAACCCUACGAAAAACGCACCCACACCAUCGAAGACACCGGAUGCAGAGGAGACAUUGGCACAGAGGCGAAAGAGGUUGAAGGAGGAAGCAUCUGCCAACCCGCAGGCCAGUCAACAAGUCAAACCCAUGCAUAGUCUGGCCAAUUUACUCCAAGCUCAUCCAGUGGGUGCGCCGUCAAAACCAGGGUUGCCUAGGAGCAAUUCGAACCAGGUAUACACCUCGAUGCCAAAUCCCAAUUGGGCUUACCCUCAACAAAACAUGGCCUUUAUUGGGUCUUAUGGGCACCCGAACAACGUUGGAUACGUGAAUGGAGGAUUCGGUGCCCCGUUGCCCACCUACAUGCAACAGACAUAUCCCUACGCGUAUGGCAGCCAGCCAUAUAUACCAGACCCAAUGAUGGGCCCACCUUUGGAUCCCAAACAGCGAGCGCAAAUUGAUCGCUGGCGGCAGAGUAUUGUACAAUGA